CACAGAUAAUCCCAGUCCGUAACGAGUCGACGCGCGGUAAACAUGGUGGAGUGCAGAUUUUAUUUAUAACGUGAAAUUAAUAGUCUUUAUUGGAAUGCACUGAACAACAGAAGAAAUGUUCGUAUUCUAAUUUUGUGGGUGUGACACCAUAUGGAGAUCAAUUUACACAGCGGAAUGGUGUCAGAAAUUUCAGCUAUGAAUGAGAAAAAAUCUGCAAUGAUUCUGUUUUAAAUGUGUCAUUUCGGUUAUGUACAGUCUAUGAUGAUCUGUGUGCUACGAUUCAAACUGAGGACCUCCCGAGUACAAAGAACUACUGGUGGUAAACACAGUGCGAACUUCUGUUCCUGAAUUUUGGUUGCAAAGGUCUAUGAUGGCAGUACAGAUUCUAGACGAAAACCACUUGGCUAUCUGCGCCAUUGUGACUGUGACCAUGCAACUGAUAUUCUUUGUAAUAGCUGCCACCUUCCAGUUGGACAAGCUGACUGACUUUGCCGGUGGUACCAACUUCAUUAUUCUGGCGCUACUCACCCUGUUCCUGGCACAGACUUACGACAAUCGACAAUUAAUGGUGACUGCGUUCAUCUGUCUCUGGGGUGUCCGUCUGUCGGGAUACCUGCUUUAUCGUAUUCUCAAGAUAGGCCGUGACAAACGUUUCGAUGAUAAACGCAGUAACGUGAUUCGAUUUGCUGUCUUCUGGACUUUUCAAGCUAUCUGGGUGUAUGUAGUGAGUCUUCCAGUGAUCUUUAUUAACUCCCCUCACAAUUCAAUUCCUCCAGCUACAAGGACAAUGACAACGCUAGAUUCUGCUGGAACAGGACUUUUUGUUAUCGGUCUGCUGGCAGAAACGUACGCCGAUCUUCAGAAAUUUCAGUUCCGCCAGGAUCCUGCUAAUAUUGGAAAAUGGUGUAACGAUGGCUUGUGGAGGUUAUCUCGUCAUCCCAAUUACUUUGGUGAGAUAGUGCUGUGGUGGGGGAUCUUCAUUAUAUCGUUGAAUGUUCUCGAUGGGUUGGAGUAUUUUGCCAUUCUGUCUCCGAUAUUCACAACGCUCAUCAUUCUCUUCCUGUCCGGAAUGCCUCUCUUGGAGAAAUCGUCAGACGACAAAUAUCGAGACAAUGUGGAGUACCGCUACUACAAAGCAUCCACAUCACCUCUAAUCCCAAUACCCCCCUCCUUCUAUGUUGAGGUUCCUAGGUUUUUGAAGUUUCUGCUAUGCUGUGAAUAUCCACUCUACGAUUCACUGGAUAUCCCGGUUCUAGCAACGAUCACCGAGUCCACUAGCAUCUCGCCGGUCCAAUCACAAACAUAGCUACAGCAGUCGGCUAGUCGCGAACCAGCGACUAGCUUCAAUAAGGCAACGGGAAGUAUUACCACCAUUUUGUGAUGAUCUGGUCUCAUCUUGUCAAUUACAAGUGUCAAAAUAUGUUAUUCAACUGAUUUGCAUUUGAGAGUACAAACAAGGAAGGUCGAGCAGAAAUCCAAAGAAGGUUGGCCAAAACAGUAAAAGAAACUGUAUCGGUACUCGGUUCUGUCAAUGGCAAUAUAACGACAUAUCCAGUGCAUAAAAUAUCUGCUUAAAGUUGUGAAAUAUGUAAGAAAUUACACAGAGUACAUCCAUUUUGCAUUACCA